AUGGAUGGUGAACGACGCGAAUUGCGAAGUUGGUCGAUAGAACCACGCGAUCGACGUGUACAUGCAGUAAGUCCCAUGCAUUUGCAGGAAGGUCGAAUCCUUAACUCAUUGCUGCAUGAGGCGCAUAAUAUCUCCACUUCAAGCAAUAAAAUAAAUGCUCAGCAAGUGGAUGAUACUGAAAUUGAUGGAGCAGAAGAUACCAAAUUAAAACAGAUGAUUAGCAAAUAUCAGUCACAAGUAAUUCAACAGCAACAACAGCUAUCAAAUCGAACCAAUCAUGAACUCAUCAAAAGUUUUGCAACUUCAUCUACAGCUGCUACUCAGCAGCAGAUACCACCGAUGAGUCAUUCACAACCAUGUCUCAUAACAAUCAACGAUCAGAAAAACGAAUUAGUCACAGAAUCUGUUUCACCAGUUUAUCAUCCCAGUCCUCCAUUUGAUGGAAGCGAACAUGCAAAUUUUAAAGCUCAACUAAUUGCUAAUCAAAAUUUAGUUCGAGCAUUGCAAGACGAAAAUUCUGCCUUGAAGCAGCAGUGUGAUUUUUUAACUGUUAAAGCAAGCCGUUUACAACAGUUAGAAAAGGCCUAUGAAACUAUUGAAAAGGAGUACGAAAAUUUAACGGCACAGAAGGAGAGGCAGGACAACCUUGAGAAAGCCGCACGUAUGAAAAUGGAGCAACAGAUAGCGAGAUAUGCUUCUGAGAACGAAAUGUUGCGAACGAAAAUUGCUGAAUUAAUACGAAGGAUGCAGGCAGAAGAUCAGUCAGAACAAAUUAAUAAACUUAAUUUGUUACUCAAUGAAAUCAUUCCUCAGAAUAAGGAAUUGAUAACAUGUAAGGAGCGCCAGAAAAUGGAUAUUGAAGCACUGGAAGUUACCUUGAAGGAUCAGAGGAAUCACAUUCAGAUUUUGGAGAAGGCUUUAGGAAAUGCACAAGAAAAAGCGUGGAGGAAAGAAAAAGAAGUGGAGGAGCUUACGGAAAGAGUAGAAAGGGCCGAAUCGUUGCAGAAAGCUGUUGAAAAAUCAAUGUUCGAUAAACGAUCCCGGGAAGAUGAAUGGAACCGUGAAAGGGCGCAACUUGAAAUGGAGAAUGCGCAACUGAAAAUGCAGCUGGCUAAAGAAAGUGUCUCAGUUGGAGUGAAAAAAGGUUCAAGUGCUAGAAAUCCAGAAAGCGAUGAGUUAACAAAGCUCAAGAAAACUCUUCAUGCGAAAGAAGAUGUUAUUGCGCAGUUGGAAAAAAAUGUUAUUGAAUUAGAAGCCAAGUUUCACGAGGAAAUGCAGCGAAAUAAAAUGGCAAUAGCUACACAAUCGGAUACACUCUCCGGCAAGUUAAAAAAAAUGGAAGAAGAAAAGAGUGAAAAAGAUCGGAAGAUAGCAGAAUUAACGGAAGAGAAGGAAAGGCUUUCCGAAAAACUAGAAGACGAGCGCAAAUGUUCAGAAAGCAGAACAAAUUUGUUCCGUGAAGAUAUGGCGCGUAUGGAACAAAUGCGUCUGAAGAUUGCUGACAGACGGUGUUUUACAACAGAACGUUCUCGUAACCGACAUGGUUUGACUCUAGAUCAGAGCCCUGAAAAAAAUAAAAAUUUCAGAUGCGUACAUCAUGGACGAACAUCAUCCGGAACACGUGCCGGAUUCGUUCAUAUUCACUUCAGAGCAAAUUCAGCAACAGCACUUCUACCUACUGACUUGCAUCUUUCGUCACCAGACCCGCUUCCAACAUCAUCCGAUAUACCACUAGAUCUGUCAAAUGAUAAUAGUGCUACUUCUGCUGCUGCUGUCAUCACUGCUACUCGUUCAACCAACAAAGCUUUAACAACGUUCCCACAUUCCUCGUCAUGUCAAGAGGAAAUAUUCGCGGAUCAAAACGCUGCUUCUGCUGAUGCGAAGGGAAUAUACAACACAAAUCUUAAUGGCUAUACACGACCAAUUUCAAUACCACCACAUUAUGAUUUGGCAUUUUCUGAUAGUGAAAGUAUAUAUUCUAGAAUUUCGAAUCGAUCGGCUGCAAAAUCAAAUGAUACGAUCGUUGCCGCUGCUAUCGCUAAUGAGGAGCUAUGUGGAAAACAAAUUUCGGCCGAAGAGAUCUGGGAUGUUUGA